GGUAGUUGGCAACACCGAUUUCACGGUAACCAUUUUGUUUAUCGAUGUUUUGAGUGAUAAACAUGGAGACUUUAUUAGAACAGCAGCGAAGAUAUCACGAAGAGAGGGAGCGUUUGGUCGACGCUAUGGUGAAAGAAAUGUUACACAGAAAAAGCACAAAUAGAGAACAGAUUAAUUCAGAUCAUCGAUUAAAAUUGCUGUUAGAUAGAUACAUGGAGUGUACAGCAAAUCUGAAAGAAUUAUAUGAAGACAAAGAUGGUUUAAGAAAAGAAGAAAUAUCAUCAUUAUCAGGACCUAAUGAAUUUGCAGAAUUUUAUGCCAGACUUCGAGCAAUUAAAGAAUUUCACAGAAAACAUCCAAAUGAAAUAAUGGUACCAAUGGCAACAGAAUUUGAGGAAAUAAACCAAGCUAGAGAAAAUCCAACAGAAGAAAUGCAAAAUAUGGUUGAAUUUACUGAUGAAGAAGGAUAUGGUAAAUAUUUAGAUCUGAAUGAAUGCCAUGAAAAAUUUCUGAACUUGAAAGGUAUUGAAGUAAGUAUAUAUUAA